AGCAACACUGCUCCUUCACUACCCUCCUCCUUUUCCUCUUCUUCUGCAGUCUGUGCUGUUGAUCGCCAGCCUGCAGGAGUAGUCUGCGUCUCCACAGGAGUCAUUCCUUCUUCUUGACAUUAUUUCCUUCCUUAAUUUUGGACGAAAUCUGGGAGAAUUGUGGAGAUGAUUGGCAGCAAGGAGCGACGUGCAGCGAACGUGAAAGGCUUACUGAGGAGGAACUGGCUGCUUAUUGCGACAGUUCUGUCGGUGCUGAUCGGUAUCAGUUUGGGCGUUGUGGUGAGGGAGUAUGCGUCCCUCUCCCAUCUCCACAAGCAGUAUUUCGGCUUCCCAGGAGAGAUCCUGAUGCGAAUGUUGAAACUGGUCAUCCUUCCACUCAUCAUUUCAAGUAUGAUCACAGGUGUUGCAGCCCUUGACUCUGAGGUGUCAGGAAAGAUAGGUCUUCGGGCUGUUAUCUAUUACUUCUCAACGACCAUCAUUGCAGUUAUUCUUGGAAUUAUUUUGGUGAUGACGAUCAAACCAGGUGUGUCUCAAGAAGCUGGGAACAUUGACAGAGCAGGAACCACCCCCAAUGUUACUACUGUUGAUACACUACUGGAUCUCCUUAGAAACAUGUUUCCAGAAAACCUGGUGCAGGCUUGUUUUCAGCAGUACAAAACAAAGCGGAAAGAGCUGGAGCCAGUGAGAGUGUUGACCAACACCACCACGAUUCCACCUCUUGCUGCUACAGUCAUGACAGUCGUAGAGAACAUCACUAGGGAGUAUAAAAUCGUUGGAGCGUAUUCAGAUGGAAUAAACGUGCUGGGCCUCAUCGUGUUCUGUGUGGCUUUUGGACUUGUUAUUGGAAAGAUGGGAGAUAAAGGCCGAAUACUCCUGGAAUUCUUCGAUGCCCUGAAUGAAGCCACCAUGAAACUAGUGCAGAUAAUUAUGUGCUACAUGCCGUUUGGUAUCCUCUUCCUAAUUGCUGCAAAGAUCAUUGAGGUGGAAGACUGGGAGAUCUUUAGGAAGAUGGGUCUUUAUAUGGUGACUGUGCUGAGUGGAUUAGCUAUCCACGCCACCAUCUGUCUGCCUCUCAUUUUCUUCAUCAUUGUGAGAAAGAAUCCCUAUACAUUCACCCUAGGAAUGGCUCAGGCCUUGGUCACAGCCCUUAUGAUUUCUUCUAGGUCAGUAAACUUUUUUUCUUUUCCUUUUCACUUAUUAAAAUCCUAUCUGCCCGUCUAUAUGGGAAGUCAAUUCCUCACAAUGUGUUACAGCUCUGCUACCCUACCUGUCACCUUCCGCUGUGCUGAGGAGAACAACCGCAUCGACAAGAGGAUAACUCGCUUUGUGCUCCCAGUGGGUGCCACCAUUAACAUGGAUGGCACAGCACUCUAUGAGGCAGUGGCUGCCAUCUUCAUCGCCCAGCUUAAUGACUACCCUCUGGAUGUGGGCCAGAUUGUCACUAUCAGCAUAACAGCAACAGUUGCCAGUAUUGGAGCAGCAGGAGUCCCCAAUGCUGGGCUUGUCACCAUGGUGAUAGUCUUAACGGCUGUCGGACUACCUGCCAGUGAUGUUACACUGAUAGUUGCUGUGGACUGGCUUCUGGACCGCUUCCGUACAAUGAUCAAUGUUCUGGGAGAUGCUUAUGGAGCUGGGAUAGUUCAGAAACUAUCCAAGAAGGAGUUGGAGAGGAUGGAUCUGAUUUCAGACGUGGAUGUUGCUAACCCGUUCGCCCUGGAAACAACUCUAGACGACGAGGAAUGUGAGAAAAAAUCCUACGUCAAUGGAGGCUUCACUGUCGAUAAGACAGAUGCAAUUUCCUACACAGAAACCUCCCAGUUUUAGCUUCCAGGUGGAUCACAGGAGAGAGAAAUGCCACACAUACAGGAAGGAUGCAACCAGCCCAUCUGAGUUCAAGCAUCAGCAACAGCGGCCUUCGUUAAGCUUAGAUGAACAUGAUCACCUGCCAUUUUGAAUAUUAAUAACCACUAGAUUCAAGUGCUUCCUUAUAAAGCUGUGCCAAGAUUUUGAAAAGCCACAUUUCUUUAGAUAAGACUGAAAAGCUUCUUGCAAAGAGCACUUUGUCAAUAUGUCCUCCUGAUGAUAUAUCCCUUAAGGAGAGAUGUGGUGUCUGUGAGUCUGUAAUCAAAAGAAUGCAUUGUUUACUCCUUGACUAGGCAAAAAGACUCUAAAUAUCCCAUAAUGCACUGCUUGUGUAAUAAUUAUGGAUGCUCCGAUCAAGUUUUUUGCUGCCGAUUCCUAUACCGAUCAUCCAUGAGGCCGAUCUUUGCCUAUCACCGAUCACUGCCGAUUGCCUAGAAUGGCUGUUAAUUUUUUUGCUUUAGGUAUAAAUGACACUAGAUUAUCUGGCAAAAUGGAAAAAUGAUCUGGCAAUAAAUUCACCUAAUUUAGACAUAAUAGACAUAUUUUAAUUAUUUGCACUGUUGCACGUUCACACUGCGCUUGCGCUGUUCCCGCCUCACUUGUGAAACGAGAUAAAUAUGAUCGGUUUUGGUGAUCGGCAACAAGAGACAGUGAUCGGCGAUCACCGAUCAUAAGCUUUUUCACAUAAAAUGGACAAUUAUGAUUGGUGACCGAUCAAUCGGCACACCUCUAGUAAUAUUGUGUACCUUUAUGUAUAUUUGAACUGUGCCAAACGUAUGACUUGUUUUUAUUUUGCCAAGUUGCAUGCUAUGAUUACUUAUCUGUGGCUGCAGACUAACUGUCAGAGAGAACUUUUUAAAGACUGGUUGAUGCAUAUUGAAUAUUGAUGGCUGAUAUUAAUGAACACUGUGAAAUUCCACUUUUAUCCAAGACAUCUAUUACUGAUGUAUUGCCAAAUAAGAAAAAAUAUAAAAAUGAUAUUCAUGUGUGAGAAUACAUAAAUGUUCACUUCCCAUUGAUGUUUUUGUUGCUGUCAGACAUCAGAGCCUGUUUUGUUUGUUUGGCCUUCAUUAUGCAUUGAUGAUUUUUUUUUGUAAUUUAUAAAAGUUAUGUCAACAAAGACAGAUUUAUGUCUUUAAUAGACUAAAAAGGAAACCACUUAAAUAAACUGCUGAACAUAUACAGUAGCUCUACAUGGGAGGGAGUCUGUCAUUGUGACAGACUGAUUCUGUGAUUGAGGCUGUGACUCACUGCAGCCACUCUACUAAAGAUAAGGUGACACUAUAGAAAAAUUAAUAGCUGCUGCACAGCUGGAGUAGCAGCAGAAGAACAACGAACUGACUGCACCACCCCAGCAGCUUUUUUUGAUCAUAUUCCUCAUUCACAUCCUUUCAGUCCCUCUUGUAUGAUAUUGUCAGAGUUUUAACGCAGAUGGUUUGUUUGGACCAGUGGUAACAUGAUAAAGUGGUAACAUGAUAAUAGCUGGGGGAAUCACUUACUCAUCUUGCAGUGAAAUUCUGCAAAAUAACCACAGCCACAACUGCUGAGAGCUCUCUCAGUUUAGAGAAAUGGAUGGGCUUCUUAAAGGCAAAGAAAGGGUUACACUGCUCAGACCAGGGCCUGCAUAUGGAGAAAUGUCUUUCAGUUCUUACAAGCAAAUGCAGCAUCCACAAUGAAGCAUGCUGAACAAACAGAAUUGGACAAUUAUCAGGCAGGAGUUGCUUUUUGUGAGUCUUUUCAUAUGGAUAUAUAAUAAAGAUGUGGCAAAUA